CCUGGACACGCCCUUCGGCUCCGAAGCAUCGGUGAGGGGUGGGAUAGAAUGUGCGUUUGCUGAGGGGAUCAGCCUUUCUAUUGGUCAGAUCCAGGAAACCCCGCCUUCGGUACAUUUUUAACCAAUGGAAGUGCAGCAUUCUUAAUUUAAACUGUGUAUAAAUCUUGGCUGGGUCAACGACUGUAGUGCGCCUGAGUUUUGAACCGCGCGCCGAGUUUGGAGGGUACUUCGCCUGGUUACCUGGAUUGCAGGUCGGGAUGACCGUCCCCUCCCUCGAGGAGCUGGACUCCUUCAAGUACAGUGACUUGCAGAACUUGGCCAAGAGUCUGGGCCUCCGGGCUAACCUGAGGGCAGACAAGCUGCUAAAAGCCUUGAAAGCCCACCUGAAACGGGAAGCAAGAAGAGAAAAUGGAAAUCAGGAUGAAAGCCAAACUUCUGCAUCCUCUUGUGAUGAGACUGAGCUGCAGAUCAGCAGUCAGAAACAAGCUGAGUGGGAACCAGCUGGUCAUGUCACUAAGAAAAGGAGAAGGCGUAGGACUGUCCACAGCAAUCCUGACUCCCAGCAGGAUCAUUCAGAGAUAAAAACAAGUGAUCCCACUGAGUUCCAGAAUCAAGAAAAGCAGGAAAACCAGGCUCUCACACCUGUUGCAGAAGUUCCAUCUCCACCAGAUGAGAGACAAGGAAACGAGAAUGCAGUGUCCUCAGGAAAUAGCGGAAUAAAUGCUCUGGAGGCUGGAAGUCUGAAAUCAAGGUGUAAUGAAGAUUCAAAGGUACCUUCAGAAAGAAAGAAGUCUGUCUACACAGAUGGGUUUUCUAAAUCUGGAAAAAAUAAAAGAAUUGCAACCACUACUCCAAACUUUAAGAAGCUUCAUGAGGCCCAUUUUAAGGAAAUGGAGUCCAUUGAUCAAUAUAUUAAGAGAAAAAAGAAAAAUUUUGAACAACACAAUUCACUUAAUGAACUGAAGAAGCGUUCCAUAACUAAGGAAGUGGUGGCAACUCCAGUGGGUCUCCAAAGAAGAUUUUCUACGGCUUGUACUCCCUCAAGCCAGCAGCGCUCACAAGGCCAGGCCCCGGGUGCUGCAGAUCUGAGCACCUUGUAUAUGAAGGGGUCGGUCAAGCGUUCCACUCUCUCAGCAACUAAAAUGAAUGUCAGGUUUUCAGCUGCUACUAAAGAUAAUGAAUACAAGCGGUCCCUGACCAAGACUCCAGCCAGAAAGUCUCCACAUGUGUCCAUAUCUGGGAAUACCCCAAAAGGCCAGGCUGUGCUUGGGACAAACAAGUUAAAGGCCACAAAGAGGGAUUCUGCUACAGUUAUUACCCCAUUCAAGUUUUCAGCUGAAGCAGCACAGACUCCAGUCUCCAACAAGAAACCAGUGUUUGAUCUCAAAGCAAGUUUGUCUCGUCCCCUCAACUAUGAGCCACACAAAGGAAAACUGAAACCAUGGGGACAAUCUAAAGAAAAUAAGUCUCUGAAUGAGCAUGUAAGCAGAGUUAGCUUCCACAAGAAAACUUACAAACAACCUCGUCUUCAGACCAGGGAGGAGCAACGGAAGAAACAUGAGCAACAACGAAAGGAGAAGAAAGCCGAGCUGUUGGGAACUCGAAGGGGCCUUAUUAUGGCUGCAGAUUAAUAGUUGAACAUUCUGUAAAUAUUCCUUUAUUCUGAACCGUUUUUGUAAAUAUUUUUAUACUGUCCUUCCUACUUUAGUCAAAAGAUCUUUUUCUGCUCUUAACUUUGUUCCUAAGUCCCUGUACAACUCAGUAUUUUAAUGAGAUCUAUCCUAUACUUUUUUUCCCCAUCCUAUAGAUUCUUGACCUAGAUUUUUAAUGUCAAUUUCCCCCUCCUGGCUCUAAUAUUAACAGAAUUGCAAUCCUCUUCUAGGCAAGAGCAUUUACCUAAAGGUAGCUUAUUAUAGCACACGCUUUAGUAGAAAUUGAACAGUACUAACUUAUGGAUAGGGUAAGCUGGGAGAAGUCCCCUUUUUAUCCUCCAGAGAAUCUAGUCAUCUUAAUAAAACAAGGGCCCAUAUGGAUUGGUUAUGGCAUCAAAAUGUUACCCAUGUAGUUUUUUUCAAGCUUACAUACCUUUUGUUCAACUCACUUCUUGUAAUUGUCAUCUCACUCAAUAUAUUCUUAAAAACAAAAACUCUAUAGCUCAUUCUAGCCUUGCUUAUUUAACAAUAUACAAGGCUAUGUUGAAAUUUCAGGAUUGUUGCUUUAAGGAUUACUGUGCUGUCAAACUUAAAUUUUAUUCAACGUAUGGAAAAACUAGAGUUUCUUAGCAUCAUAUCCAUGUUUGUUGCACCUAAAUGGAACUUCUGAGUUUUGUACUGCUUCAGAUUUUCAUAAAUAAAGUGUUUUCUCUCA